CCGGUUGUGGCCGCGACGACCCCCUCCAAGUCCCCUUCGGCUGAUGUGGGCUUCCCUCGGAAGAAUGUGCAAUUCUCCCUCGUAAAGGGAACCACCAUCAUGCAUGGCACAGUGGACCCCGGGGAGUUCCUGAAGAGUGUCACCCCUGAGCUGGAUAUGGCAUUCCUGAGCCAUCUAGACGAUGAAGCCCUCGACUCCAAGAUUCUCCGUUCUUCUCUUACGGCUUGCAUUGCCCUCAGCGAGCAGGCCCGGAGGGUGGAAAUGUUGCGCCUUCAGAAGGCGCAACAGGACUAGACUUUGAAGAAGCUCGUCCACGACAAUGCUGCCGCCGUUCGGGAGAUGGCAAGGCUGGAGGAGACCCUUCGGAAAGAAAGGGUUAAAGCGGAAAAGGCCAAAGUAGAGGCCAGAGCCGAGGGCAUGGCCGAGGUUGAGAAGUCUGCUGCUGAGGCUGCCAAAAAGGCUGCCGAGGAUGCCGAGGCCGCCAAGGAAGGGGCUGUCGCCAAGGCCCGGGAAGACGAUGUUGCUGCCUUCACUGCUGAGGGGUGGAAGUCUGAGGACCGAAAGCAGUGGCUGGCCUCAGUUGUAGAAGCCUCUGUUGACGAGUGGACUACCGGCCCCGACGCAGAAUGGUUAGCCCGGAAGGGCAAUGACUAUUAUGACGGGGGCAAGUUCUUUACUCAAGCCCUCAUCUAUAGGAGGCUUGCCCGACACUAUGGGGUGGACCCGAAGGAUUUUGAUCCUGCAGCUUACGGCCUUCCUCCCCUUCAGCCGGAUGUGCGAACCCCCCUCCCUCCUGAUGUUGAGAGGUCGGACCUAGAGGAUUCAUUGUUGAUGCAAGAAGGUUAGGAUGCCGAGGAAGAGGCCGGGGAGGUCGCUGCUUCGAAGCCC